AUGUCCGAAUCCGCCGCUAUCGAUGCCGCCCGCGCACCUGCGUCCCUCUGGGAUCGCGUGUCGAAUUGGGUCUCGGAGAACAAGGCAGUCGCAUAUACCAUUGCUGGCACAGUAGUGGUCAUCACAAGUGCCGGAGCCAUCUACUAUUUCUCCAGUCAGAAAGGGGGUGCUCCUGCUACACCCACAGAAAAGAGAAAAAGCAAGAAGGAGCGUCGGAAAGAGAAGAAAGCUGCCGAGGAAGCACAGAAGGCCGGAAUCAGUCUCAAAGACGAGGAGGCCGGCACAGCACCUCGACCUGCGACCGUCGAGACCGAAGAUGAAUUGCCCGAGAUCAAUGAAUCCAACAUCGAAAGCUUCUCGAAAGAGGAGAGAGCAACAUAUGCCGGCAAAUUGAAGGCUGCAGGCAACAAAGCAUACGGGUCCAAGGACUACAACAAGGCCAUCGAACUCUAUGGCAAAGCCAUCCUCUGCAAACCCGACCCUGUCUACUACUCUAACAGAGCUGCUUGCUAUAACGCCCUGAGCGAUUGGGACAAAGUGGUGGAAGAUUGCACCGCAGCCAUCUCGAUGGAUCCGGAAUAUGUCAAAGCUCUAAAUCGUCGCGCACACGCCUACGAACACCUGGGGAUGUUCUCCGAAGCCUUACUGGACUACACGGCCAGUUGUAUUAUCGACGGAUUCAAGAACGAAAAUAGUGCCCAGAGCGUGGAGAGGUUACUAAAAAAGGUGGCUGAAAAGAAGGGCAAAGCAAUUCUUGCCAGCAAGAAGAACAAAUUGCCAGGGGCCACCUUUGUCUCAAAUUACCUCCAGAGCUUCCGCCCGAGGCCGCCGCCUGCAGGAUUGGAGGAAACUGCCGAGCUCGAUGAGAACACCGGCAAAGGCCAGCUUCAGCGAGGCUUGGUCGCCAUGCAGAAGAAGACGGCCGAAGGAUACGAUGAAGCUGCGGCGGCCUUCAAGAAGGCCCUUGAACUCGGGGAUCUGGGCGAGCAUGAGGCCUUUGCCUACAACAUGCGUGCCACCUUCUUGUACCUCGAGGGCGACAUUGCAAACGCUCUCGAAGAUCUCAACAAAGCCAUCGAGCUGCAACCCUCCCUCACCCAACCCUACAUCAAGCGGGCCAGCAUGCAGUUAGAAUUGGGCAACAAGGAGCUUGCUGCCGACGACUUUGAAAAGGCCAUGGCACAGAACAAAGACGACCCUGACAUCUUCUACCAUCGCGCUCAGCUGCACUUCAUCCUCGGUGAAUAUGCCGAUGCGGCCAAGGACUACCAAAAGUCCAUCGACCUAGACAAGGACUUCAUCUACUCGCACAUUCAGCUGGGGGUCACGCAGUACAAGCUAGGCUCGGUUGCGUCCUCAAUGGCAACCUUCCGCCGUUGUGUCAAGAAUUUCGACAAAGUGCCCGAUGUCUACAACUACUAUGGUGAGCUGCUGCUUGAUCAACAGAAGUAUCAAGACGCCAUUGAGAGGUUCGAGACGGCCAUCGAUAUGGAACGCCAGACGAAACCCACGGGGGCUAUCAAUGUGCUGCCGCUCAUCAACAAGGCAUUGGCUCUCUUCCAGUGGAAGCAGGACUUCAAGGCAGCCGAGGAGCUUUGCGAGAAGGCGUUGAUCUUGGAUCCUGAAUGCGAUAUCGCUGUUGCCACAAUGGCUCAACUCCUCCUCCAACAAGGCAAGGUGACCAAGGCACUGGAAUACUUUGAGCGUGCCGCCGAGCUAUCGAGAACAGAAGGUGAAAUCGUCAACGCACUCUCCUACGCCGAGGCCACGCGCACACAGCUGGAGGUCUCGCAGAAGUAUCCUCAAUUGGCCGCUCGUCUGCAACAAAUGGAAGGCGCAGGCCUCGGUGGACCCCAGUUGAGGUAA